CCUCCUUCCCUCCAAUCCUCUCCCCCUCUGUGCUGGUCCUAUUCUUGAGGACUUGCUUGUGAAACGGGAGAGAUAAACAGUCAUUGAGCGUACAGGAAAGGACACGGGGAGAGAUAGUGUGUUAGAAUUUAGGAAUUACCUCCCUCCCCUUCCCCCUGGUCUAUCUCUCCAUCUUCAUCCCUUGUCUCUUCUUUAAUGGAUAGAAAUUAUCCUGGCACAGGAUUCGGUGAUUUGGGCGCUGGAACGGGAUGGAGUUACGAGAGAUCGGCGAAGGCAAGUUUGGUUUAUGGGAGUUCCAGAUCCUCCCAUCCAGAAACAGAGCUCCUCCACCGCCAAACGUAUGCCACACCACACCCCCUGCAGGGAUAUGCAACAAAUCACCAUCCAGGCAGUUCUGGACAGGGCGGGGCAUGGGGUGCAGGAAGGAGCUUAGGGCUCUCAGGCUUGUUUGAUACUGGUCUACAUCAUGCCAGCCCCUCAGGACCAGAUGCUUCAGUUAUGAAUUUGAUCUCUGCUUUGGAAUCUCGAGGUGCUCAGCCUCCUCCCUCUGCCUCUUCCUUACUCUCCCAGUUUCGCACCCCAACCUGGCAAACUGCAAUGCACACUCCAGCCCCUGCAGAGCUAUUCAUUUCUGGUGCACUACCUGGCUCUGGCUCAUUUCCCUCUUCCUCUGCUCUUUCUGCAUAUCAGCACCCUGCAUCCUUCUCUGGGCGCUCCUUUCCUGGGGUGACCCCAUCAUUAUCUCUGCAGGAUACACCUACUUUCAGUCCUAAUUCCAAUGGUCUCCUGUCACCCCAUGAUCCUUUGCUGCACAUUAAGACCUCCCAGUCAAGUCUUGGCUUUGACCGUCUUCUGACUUCACAAAGUGGGGCUGCUUCGUAUAGAGGGUCACAAGAGCCCACUAGUGCUCCCCCUCCACAAGCACCUGCAUCCUCCUCAACACGCCACUUACCACCCCCUCAGUUUAAUCUACUCUCCUCACAGCUUCAGGACCAGUCAUCCCAGCUCUACAAUUCUUCUGUAUUUUCUUCGGCACCUGCGCCCCCACAAGCUCCACAGUCCCAGGAAAGGGCCAUCCCCAGGCAAGACAGUGUGAUCAAGCACUACCAGCGGCCUUCUCCUGCACAGUCUCAACUUUCCUCUUCCACACCUCAUGCUCUACAGCAAUAUCUCAGUUGUGGUGCAACAGGAUAUCAGCAUAUACCCCACCAUCGGCAUGGGGGAGUAAACUGUAGCCCACUGGGUGAACAAAGUCCUUCAUCUGACCCCAUAUCCUCUCCCCGAUCAGAACAAGUUUACCGCCCUAUCAUCCAGCCCCCAUACACCUCCUCCUCAGUCUCAUCCUCAGCUGGCUCAGGUGGUAGCAUUGUAAAAAAAGGAAAGAGUUCCAGCUCAAGUAGUGGCUACUCUUCUUCUGGCUCUUCCUCAUCUCGUACCCCUCACACUCCUCCUUCAGCUUCUUCCACCUCCUCUGCCUCUUCUUCUAAUCCUAAUGUGUCAUCAAGUACCUCCUCUGCACCCUCAAGGCAGCAACCACCACCUCAGUCAGCACAGCAACCCCAACCCCCUCCACCUCCAACAGUAUCAUCCAAUGCUACACAGCAGCAGCCUCCAAAAUCUUGCUUGACCACAUAUGGCUCUCCUGUUGGACCCAUCAAACCAACUGCUGGCCUUCCUGGUCAAACCCCUCCAGAGCAACAGUCAUAUUCACCAAGCCAGCCAUCCUCCACCCACCUACCACAGCCAUAUGGUGGAUUCAGUUCUCCACAGGCCCAGGAUCUUGGUUCUAGCCUUGGUGGGUCUGGAAAAGCAUAUGGAAGUCUUGGAUCAACAGAGCGUUCAUUUUCAGCUGAGGUAGUCUAUGGCUCUGAUUCAGCAUAUGGUUCUUUGCCACCAUCUCUUGGAGGGGCAGGAAGUCCAUCAAUGGGCUAUGGUGGAACAGGACAUUCGCCUGCCUUAAUGGUGUCCGGAGGUGGUACAGGCACAACAAGCAGUACCACUGUCUCAGGAGCUGGUAGUUCAGGAAGUGUAGGUGGUGGUAGUGGUAGUGUAGCAAGUGGUGGUGCAGGAUCUUACCACCUCCCAGAUUCUAGCCCUUUAUCGUCAAGUAAUUCUGGAAUCAUCCGCCCAGGUCUGCACUCCCCUGCACCAUCUCGCCCUGCACAGUCACCUGGAGGGAAUGGGGGUAACAAGUACAUGUCCUCAGUUCUUUCCCCAGCAUUUAUUGCUUCUCCACAGGGAUAUUCAGACACAAGGGUACCAGCCAAACAGACACAAUCUUAUCAUACAACACCACCAAAAUCUAAUUCUGAUUCUGAAAUGCUUGGGGUAGAGAGACCCCAAGAGGAGGAUGAAGAAGAUGAAGAUGACUUUUUGAUCCAGCACUUAUUGCACUCACAGAGUCCAGCACCCAACACCUCCCAGCACCUGUCUCAACAAGAUCAGCAGGUAGCCUCACAACAGCUGCAGUCCCAGUCCACACCCCAGAGUAGAGAUGGAGAAAAGAGUCUUUCCGCUUAUGAGCUCAACAAGGCAUCCGAGGAGCGUUACCAUUUACUGAGUGUCAUUCGGACAAAUAAUACCACCAACAGUGUGGCACCAGUUCCUUCUGGCUCUUGUGGUCCAGGAACAGGUUUAGAAAACCAGUUGGAGAUGUCUCUGAAAAAGCAACAACAGACUAAGUCUGAUAGAGUGCUCUCUGGAACUGGAGCAAAUGGUGGUCAAAGUGCAGUUGAUUCAUUGCCACACACUCACUCACAUGGUCAACACCCUAACCAACAUGACUCUCUUGGUUCAGUGGUCCAUUAUGGCAGAGGAGACCCUUACACUCAUCAAACCCAUCAACAUCACCCAUCGCACUCACAGCAUUCUCAACAUUCACAGCACCCUCACCCCCAUUCAAUGUCUCACUCUCAUAUGGAUCUUAAGAAAGAUCAGGAUCCUUCAGAAUUACCCUAUCUGCGAAAGACACCAGACUUGCAACAGCGACAGAACCAGUCCUCCCUUGGCCUAAUGGAUUCCCCACCUGACCAGGCUCAGCAAACCUCCCAAACUCAACUUCUCCAAUCUGCCCUUUCUCAUAAAAUUCGUAACAAUAUGGACAACCAUCAGGCUUCUUCACAGCAACAACACCCAAUGAGUCAGCGAGCAAUGAUUGGACCAACUGGUGGACUAGGCUCUGGUGGCUCUGGAGGAGUAGACAGUCAGCCACAGACCUCUCAGCUUCAACUCCAGCUCCAGUCCCAAAAUAUGGAGGCCCACUAUGGACGUGAGGCUCAUCAAAACCAAAGCCAGUCUAGUCACAAUUCACCACUAGACAUGCUAGAGAGAUCUCUCUCCAGGGCAAAUAGCCGGGAAAGGACAGUGCCCUCUGACAGAGUUGGUGCAGGAGAUGGGAGCACCAAUGAUCAUCUCAGACAACAGCAACAGCAUAGGAUGUCCUCACACCAUCAGCCCCACCAUCCACAGCAACCAGCAGCAGAGCUUCAUGAUUUCUUGUCAGACCCUGAUUUGAGCAUGUCGACCCCCUCUCAUUUGCACCAUUUGACCUCACAUCAUCCACAACCUCAUGCCCACCAUCAAACACAUCCUCACCACCAACACCUUCACCAGCACUCUCAACACAUGCAGCCAACUUCUGGACCUUCACAGCCCCAAGCCCAGCCCAGGGAACAAGAGCCCCAGCCACAACUGGAUCGGCUCAAAGAGCCUCAAUUUGAAACUGGCAGUCCUGUGGGAAAAACAGCUCAGAACCAGGGUCAGAGCCAAGAGCAGCAACAGCGGUUUGUGCCACUGACCUCUAUCUGUUUCCCAGAUUCACUCCUCCAAGAUGAAGAUCGAUCAUUUUUCUCAGGGAUGGAGGAUAUGUUCUGCUCUGAUGACUACAAGGCUAGCUGUGCUGGGGGAGGUGAAAGUGCUGGGCAAGGAGGUCAGUGUGGUGUGCCAGAGGCACGGGAAACAGUACAAGAUAGGAUGGAUGCAGUUAAAUCUACAGGUGGUGGAGGAGGUGGAUAUGAUAUUAUGGGACACCAUGGUGAUCAGGGCUAUGGGCAGUAUUGUCACAGCUUGUCUGAAUCUGGCAAUGGUACUAUGCACUUAGAUAUGGACCCCAUGAAAUCCCAUGAACUCCCAUCCACUGUAAACACAGAACAGCUGGGCUUAAUCCAGUCUCAGGGCCCAGGGCUUGGAAUGGGCAGUACCGGGCAUGUUGUGGAUGUAACUGGAAACAAAAUUAUGAGCUCUGUAGGUGUAGGGAGUGGUCCUGCCACAGGGGGACUUACCUCACCGAUCUUUUGCUCCUCUAGGCCUAAAAAACUUUUGAAGUCAAGCUCAUUUCACCUCCUAAAACAGCGAAAAGAUCAUAAUGCCCAACCACAGGCUAAGAAAAACUAUGCCCAAGAAUAUGAGUUUGAGGAUGAUGAAGAUAAAGCAGACAUUCCAGCUGACAUCCGCUUAAAUAGUAGACGUCUCCCGGACUUGCUUCCUGAUCUUGUGUCCAGCUGCAGAAAGUCUGGAGGUGGUUCAGGAGUUGGCAGUUUAAGCUCCUUAAUGGGUGAUUUAGAUUUCUGCCACCCCUCAGGUUACCCAUCGCUUGGACCUCCCCCAGAGCUUCUCCCUCAUGAUGGCCCAAAGAAAAGAGGGAGGAAACCCACCAAACCUAAACGUGAGGGUCCACCAAGACCCAGGGGUAGACCCCGUAUUCGACCUCUCCCUGAGCCUCCAUAUGGCAGGAGCAUGAUGGGACCUGGUGGAGAGUGUAAAAAGGGCCGUGGUCGAGGAAGAGGGCGUGGAAGGAAGGAUGAUCACAUUAUGGAGAUGCACAGAGACAUAAACAAGGGGCAGAACUACCAUCAACAAGCAACUCACCUUCAUUAUCAACCACAGUUACAACAGCACAUGCACCACCAUUUGCAACAACAGCAGCAGCAUCAACCACAACAUAUGCACCAACAACAGCACAUGCAUGUACAACACCUUCAUCAACAACAGCAACAUCAUCAGCAACAACUUACGCAACAUCAGCCUCAGCAACAAUAUCAAGAGCCGAUCAAACCAAUCAAGAUUAAGCUCCCUAUCCCUUCCAUGCCCUCAUCUGACUCACUGCUGAGGACAGACUCCAUGUCAAGUACAGAUCCAGUUCUGUCUGAUGGUUCAUUAGGAUCUGCACCAUCUCUUGGUUUGAGCCCAGGGCCCACUACCGGUAUUGACAUAAACAGAAAUGAUAUGAACUGUGGUCAGGAAAAGAUGAAGCAGAAACACCAAGAGAUGUCCUGGGAGGAAGAAAUGGAUGAGCAAAUGACCCCAGAGGCCUGGGCGACCAUGGAGAAACUAUCUGGCUCAAUGGAGGAUAAGCCUUCGGAGCUAAAGUCUGGUUUCAUAACUUCCUUUCUGGAUUUCUUGAAAACGGGGAAGAAGCAGCCAGGCCCUGAAGCUCCACCUGUGCCACUCCCUGUGGAUGGACGCUCCACAGAUUCCUCUUCAAUAAAGGGAGGCAUUCGCCCAUUAUCACCACAUCCUCCUCUUCCACCCCCACCUCCUCCCUUUGCAGAGAACGAGGGGGAAGGAAGCAUGCCUCUCACUAACUGCCCAUCCCCCUGUAAAAGACUUGAUGAGGAGUUCAAGAGAAACUUGGAGACCUUGCCAUCAUUCUCCUCAGAUGAGGAAGACUCUGUCAGUAAGAACCAGGACCUGCAGAAGAGCAUAUCGUCAGCCAUUUCUGCCCUCUAUGACACACCCCACAGCCUCACUGCCAUUCAACCUCCACACACACCAUCACCACCCACUCCACAAGUAGAAACUCUUAACACCCCCCCGCCACCACCCCAACUCGAGUCUGACCCACACGCAGACACUGAACCUGAGACAGAUAUGUAUGUGUCACAAGAGCUAGAUUCACACUCACGACCCAACCCACAUGAGGAGACACAUGUUUCUGAUGAGGAUGAGGAAGAACCUGAGCAGGAGGUGCAUAAAGAAAUGCAGCAGAAGAAAGACAGUGAGAUUGAACCGGAAGAAGAGGAGUUGGAAGAGGAGAGGACAAGAGAAAAAGAGGAAGUAGGUCAAACAGGGAAAGAGGAGAGAAAGGAGGAUGAGGUGGAAGAGUAUGAAAUUCAGGACACUCCCAAAAUGGAUGAAUCUCCUUCUGAGCCUACUACUGUCCCUGCACCCCCCUCUCCUCCAUUAUUUUCUCCUUCUCCCCCAUCCUCCUCCUCCCCAUACCCUCUGCCUCCUCCUCCUCUCUCUAUCCCCUCCCCUCUUCCAUCUCAAGAAGAGGAAGAGAAUCUACAGCAGCAACAAGAACAGCCACUAAUGCAUAAUUCCCUCCCUCCCAGUCCUUCUCCACCUGCUCUCCCCUCUCCCUCCCCACCUGCUCCCACACUCCCUCCCUCCACCACACCACCACCAUCCUCUUCUCCUCCUCCAUCUGAAGAGCUGCCCCAGCCCUCCCCAGGCUCGCCCCCAACCCCUGAAGAUGCCCCCACCCCUCAGAUCACUUCAUUGCACCUGGCUAAGAAGCAGUCCAAUGCAGCCAUUGCAGGAGAGAGUGAGGAUGAAGACAGUGAGAGUGGGGGGGAGGGUAUCUUCAGAGAAAGGGAUGAAUUUGUGGUGCGCACUGAAGAUAUUAGAACUCUUAAGCUGGCUCUGCAGACGGGGCGAGAACCUCCUCCAAUCUGGAGGGUCCAGAAAGCUCUGCUGCAGAAGUUUGCUCCUGAAAUCAAAGAUGGACAACGGCAGUUUUGUGCUACCAGUAAUUAUCUGGGCUACUUUGGAGAUGCGAAGAUGCGUUAUCAGCGCUUGUAUGUAAAAUUCUUGGAGAAUGUGAAUAAAAAGGAUUAUGUUAGAGUUUGCUCACGGAAACCCUGGUAUCGGCCCAGUCUCACACUGAGGCGCCAAUCUCUUCCCAAGCCUUCACCUGUACGUAGCCUGACUCCACCGCGCAUGGAACGAGAGGAUAGAAAGAAGGAGAGAGAGAGGCAAUGGGAGAAGGAGCAACGUGAACAAAGAGAAAAGGAGAAAGAGCGAGAAAGAGAAAAGGAAAGGAAGAGAGAAAGAGAGAGGGAGCAGAUGGAGAAGUCUAGGAGAGAAAAGGAGAAAGAGAAGGAGAGGGAGAGAGAGCUUGAAAAGCAAAGAGAGAGAGAGAAGGAAAGGGAGAAACAAAAAGAAAAAGAGAGAGAAAAAGAAAUGCAGAGAGAGAAAGAAAGAGAAAAACAAAGAGAGAGGGAUAGGGAGCGGGAAAAACAAAGUGAAAAGGAGCGAGAGAAGGAAAAGCUCCAAGAGAGACAAACUGAAGGGAAGCUGGAGAGGAGAACUUCUGUUGUAGAUCGAGGGAGGGUCAAAGAUGACAAAAGAGUAGGAGAGAAGAGAGUUGAACAGACAAGGUGCAGACCUGUGAAAGUAAAGUCAGAACCUCCACCCAAAAAGAGGAAGAAGUGGCUGAAAGAAAUACCCUACUCCUCUGAUUCAGACUCCUCUGCUGAUCCACCCAGUGAGAAUGAAGUGUCCAUACGCAGUGGAAUGAACAGUCGGGCCAUGAGAGAGAUGUUCCGUAGUUAUAUAGAGAUGCUGGUCAGCACUGCUCUGGAUCCUGACAUGAUCCAAGCUCUGGAAGAAACCAAUGAUGAGCUUUAUCUCCCACCUAUGAGGAAGAUUGACAGUAUCCUCAACGAACAGAAACAAAGACUGUUGAGGAGGGUCAACAUGUGUGUUCAGCACCAGGAGGUUCUGCACAUGUUCCCUCAGAUGACAGCAGACCCCCUGGACUCGGGAGCUGUUAAAGUGCACCUGGGCGGUGAGAAUUACAAUCGUAAAACCCUCAAUAGAGUCAAAAGGAGCCUUCCCAAACAGCAGGACCUGAAGCUAUCGACAGAGGCCUGCCGAAUAUACAGUCUCUAUCACUCUCUCCACCACUACAAAUAUCAUACCUUUCUGCACUGUAAAAAGGAGACGGACAGUAUAGAACAGGCAGCAGAAGAUCCAGGCCAGGAGGAGGUGGUACAGCGGUGCAUGGCCAACCAGGGCUGGCUAGAGACUCUAUUCAAGUCCUUCACUGAACUGCUGACACUUAGCACCAAGGCUUAAGAUACAACUGUCAGUUCAAAGAGCAUCCCAUUUGGAGAGAGGAGAACUUUGAACUAAACCGGUGCACACCUCCAGGUUGCAGGAAAAUUAGAUUUUCCUUUGCAGAAUGUGUACGGAGCCUGUGGCAGUUUAAGCUGCCUUUUAACAUAGAAAUGUUUUUGUAAAGCUUUUCAUUUCUCCCUUUCAUUAUGUGUUAGCUCCCUGCCAUGGGAGCCCAGGGAGACAAAAUGGAAAAAACGAGUGAGAAUGUGUAGAAACAAAUAAAGAUAGUGCCAAAGGGAACAGGGUUGAAAACCUUACAGGUCCGUGUUUUGGCAGUGAGGUGCGUUUUGAAUGCUAUGUUCCAUGCACACACUUAUAUAUAUAUAUAUAUAUAUACUCAAAUAUAAAUAUGUAUUAUGAACAAUUAUGAUUUGUAUUAUUUAUACAUGGACAUUUACACAUGGUUACCUCCCAAAGCUGGUGCAGUUUUCUAUUAUUACUCUGAAUAAUAAUGCUCAUGUUUUAUGAGGGUGAACAUGAAAUGGGCCACCCUUAAUCUCCAAUUCUUCCUGUCCCCUAAAAGGACAAGGCGGACAGGAUGUGGACAAAAGAGCAGUUUCAAAGCAGUGUGUAGUUCCUUUUUGUCUAAAAAAAUAAAUACAAAAUAGAGCAAAGGGAAAAUGUAUUUAAACUAAAAAAGGUGUUCUUUCUGUUUGUUCUUUUAAAGAAAAUGCGGAAAAGGAGGUGUAUUUGUAUGUUUUCUCAAAGAAAACAUGAUGCAGAGGGAUGUAAUAGUUUUAAAAGUGUUCAAAAUUUCUGUGUUUACUGUUUGUUUUUAUCUGUUGGUUGUUUACUAUAAUAAUUAUUGCUAAUAUUAUGAUUAUUUUGUAGGUUUGCUUAUUUCUCUUCUCUGUAAAUAUUGUACAGUUGCUUCAGUCUCUCUCUACCUGUCCCUCAUCUGUACAUGAAUCCUCCUGUAUUGGACAAACGCAAAUAAAAUAAAAGAAAAAGGAAUUUAUGAAAAUGAUGCAUUUUCACAUGAGACUGCCUUGGAGUUUUUUCUCCUUUAUAUAAAAGCUAGUAUUUUGUCAUUUGCAUGGAUAUAAAUGAGUGUCUUUUUGCACAUGGAGGGAAUAGGUUUGAAAAGAAGCAGAAGAGCAAAACAACCUGCUAUAAUGCUCCCUCUAACUAUUGCAAUUUGAGUCAAAGAUGUUUCUAAUGCUGACUAAGAGGAUUUGAAGAAUGACAUUAUAUUUAUUUAACGUUCUCAUUGCAGAAUGCCAUCAUUAGAUUCCAGCCUCAGCAGUUCUCUUCAAGGUAAACAUUCCACUCCUAGAGAAAGAAAAAUCUGUAGAUCUGCAUUUCCUGUUGUUACCAUGGUAACAUAACCAUGGCAACACCAGCAGCAUUUUUCAAGAGUAUUUGUCUUAUGGCUGCCUCUCUUUUGCUUUUAAGUAGCUUCCUAUUUCACUGCUUCU